UAAGGCUUUCCUCUCCCUGUGCCUCUUGUCUCUCCUCUAUUUAUUCAUUCCAACGCACAGAGAGAGCUAGAAUCCACCCCACACUGCGCCUAUUUCCCACUUCCCACAUUAUCUCCAAGGCUAGCUCACCGGCGACUCUGCAAUUUCUACCUUAAUAUCUCUGAUCAUCAUCGAGUCAUGAUGGCCACGACUCUGUACGAGGUUUUGGGGCUUCCCGCGAGCGCCACCGGCGCUGAGAUCAAGGCGGCGUACCGGAGAUUGGCGAGGACGUGCCACCCGGAUGUGGUGUCCUUCAGCAAGAGAGGCGAGUCCGCCAACGAAUUCAUGAAGAUUCAUGCAGCGUAUUCGACGCUGUCCAAUCCCGACAAGCGCGCCGUUUAUGACCGGGAUCUUUGUCGGCUGCCCCGCAGGUUUGGGUCUUUCUCCGAAACGUCGGCUGCCAUGGGGGCCGCCUCCUCAAUGUCAUCCAAGUCGGCGUACUGGGGUUAUGGGUGCCGGAAUUGGGAGACCGACCAGUGCUGGUAGAGGAAUCAGAUGAUACUGAAGCUCUGUUGCCUUCUUUUUUUUUUAGAUGAUACUGAAGCUCUGUUGCCUUCUUUUUUUUUUAGAUGGGGAUGGCAUAUUUGUAGUUUUUCAUAAAUUUGUAAAAGUAGAAGCAGAAGCAGAAUCCAUCUGUAAUUAAGAUUUUUCUAAUGGAAAGUAAUUUUAAAAAAAUAA